GCGCGCGCAUACACUGAACAGUCACUUGCUAACACUCGGUUUGUUCACUAGUGCUAACACCAUGAAAUUCCUAAUCCUAUCUGUGUGCGUGGCUCUGGCUGCUGCGGAUGUAUCCCACAUCUUACCCAAGGACGAGAAGAGUGCCCAGAUCUUAAAGCAGGAGCUGGACGUCGGCGUGGAGGGUCAGUACCAGUGGGCAUAUGAAACUGAAAACGGUAUCGCGGCUAAUGAGGCUGGGUCACUGAAGCAGAUCGAUGCUGAGACCUCAGCGCAAGUAGCUCAGGGCCAAGCUAGCUGGAAGUCACCCGAGGGAGAACAAAUCCAGUUCCAGUAUGUAGCUGACGAGAACGGAUACCAGCCACAGGGCUCCCACCUGCCGACAUCUCCCCCGAUCCCUGAGGCCAUCCUCCGCGCCUUGGAGUACAUCAGGGCUCACCCACCACCACCAGAGAAGAACUAAAUCAUAUCUACACUAUCCCUUAUAAGGAAAAACUAUUCAACUUUAUACAUAACUAGACACAUAGCCAUUCACCGACUACCCCUAAACUAUGCCUUAACUAAGAGUUACUUAGCGUUACAAAUAGUUUAGGUGUUCCCCUAAACUACUUGUACCGAUCUACCGACUAGGUGUCACUUAUGGGUUAGUGGAAAUCCAAAUAUCGUGACUGCACAGGUGAUGCGGUGGCUAGGCAACCGGCUACUGCGCAACGUGUCGCGGGUUCGAUUCCCGCACGGAACAAUUCUUUGUGUGAUCU